CACAUAAGGAGAGAGAGACAUGGAGACAGAGUCGAUAUCUUGUGAAGAUGGUACCUUUGACAAGAAAAUUUGCAUAUUCUGUAGAAUAAACAAUUUGGGUGCCUUUUAAAGUAAGUUAUUCAGUGUGGGGAAGGUCAAUUUUUUAGAAAAUUGAAAAGUUAUUACAAAGGGUAUUUUUUUUCUUCCAAGUGACAAAAGGGGGUGUGGGGAUUUUGAUUUUUCUUGUGAUUUUACAAGUUGGGUAUUGUAAAAUCUGUUUGAAUGGUAGUAACAGUACAAGAUUUGGAAUUUUCUUGGAAAUUUGAUUAUUGGGUUGUUGAUUGGAAGGUAAAGUUGCAAUCUUGGAAAAAAGUUGGGAAAAAAAAGAUGACAUCUUCAGCUGUAAAUUUGGUGAUGACAGUGAUUGGGUUUACAGUGAGCAUUAUAUUCAUAGUAUUUGUGUGUACAAGGUUAAUUUGUGCAAGAAUUCAGUACUUGACAAGGAGGAGGUCUUCUGCAUAUACUUCUAGAUCUGAUCUUAGCAUUUUGGAACGUGGUUUACAUGGUCUGGAGCCUCUUGCUGUUGCCAACUUCCCUACGAAGAAGUACAGUGAUGCAUUUUUUUCAUUUGCAGAAGAUACUCAAUGCACGAUUUGCCUUGCUGAAUAUCGGGAGGAAGAUACAUUACGUAUUUUGCCAUUAUGUGGACAUUACUUCCACGCCACAUGUAUCGACAUAUGGUUUCAGCAGCACUCUACAUGCCCUGUUUGUCGGAUUUCCUUACGUGAGACUGCUGACAAAAAGUGCUUCUUGCAGCCCUUGUUUAGUUCAGCUGUCCGAUCUCAAUACACGAUGGACACCCUGAAUGUUAAUUCGAACCAAUGCUCGUCAUCUGGGCAGAGGCUUUCUUCAAGAUCACACGACAACCAGAGAACGAACCCCACUACAGCAAGUGCAUCAAAUGCAUAGGCCACAAGAGUAUAAAUGGCGAAAUUGACAGACGAAAGGUAUUUACAAUGUUGUGAUAGCAUUCAUCUUAGUAUCCAGAUUUUGCAAGGUGAUAUCUAUGUGCAAUAGACUCAAUACGGUCCGGUACUUCUCCGAACCCUGCAAAUAGCGGGAGUUUAGUGCACUAGACAACCUAGACGGACUUUUUCCCAUUCAAGGCAAACAUUUUUUUUUCUCUCUUUUUGUAAAUAUAUAAGUUCAGUUUAGGUGGUAGGAGUCUUGUAUAUAGGGGCGGAGCUAGAGGGACGAAAGUCCUGAACCCCCUCGUUGGAUAAUCACACUGUAUAUAUAAGGUCAAAAUCUUUGUUUGCGUUUAUAUAGUAGAUAGAUGAUAAACUUUAUUGGUGAAAAUCCUGUCUCCGUCAUUG